GUUGGGCGGCCUAGCGAAGUCCCUCCCUCAGGACCUCCCCACCCCACCCCCUCGGAACCGCUCCCUCGCGGCGACCCAUGUGGGGGUUCAGGCUCCUGCGGUCGCCGCCGCUGCUGCUACUGCUGCCGCACCUCAGAAUCGUAAUUGCCGCGUCCUGCUCUCAGGCCGGAGUCAUGAACCUGGACGGCAGCGGCGGUGCUCAGUGCUCCCCCUCGACCGACGGGCGCCGGUCGCGGUGCCUGAAGCUGUCCGCAGUGCCGGGGGCCGACCCGCAGCGCAGCAACGAUUUGCUCCUGCUGGCGGCGACUGGGGAGGGACCCGAGCGGCGGGACCUCCCUGGGGGCCGGGUGAAGGAGGAGCCGCAGCCGCCACCCCAGCAUCACGUUCUCUAUUUCCCCGGGGACGUGCAGAAUUACCAUGAAAUUAUGACUCGUCACCCCGAAAAUUAUCAGUGGGAAAAAUGGAGUCUAGAAAAUGUUGCCACUGUUUUAGCACGCCACUUCCCAAACAGUUAUAUUUGGGUGAUAAAGUGUUCUCGAAUGCAUUUGCAUAAAUUCAGCUGCUAUGACAAUUUUGUAAAAAGCAAUAUGUUUGGUGCUCCAGAACACAAUACUGACUUUGGAGCCUUUAAGCACCUUUAUAUGUUAUUAGUUAAUGCUUUUAACUUAAGUCAGGACAGUUUACUAUCAAAGAAGAAUAUGAAAGAUUUGAAUAAAGACUCUAAAGCAUCAAAUUGUAGAUCCAGUUCUUCUCAUGCAACUAAUGGUUGCCAGGGAGAAAAAGAGAGGACCUGCGAAAAAUUGGAUGAGUCUGAAGUGACUUUUUAUCCACCGACACUAAAAGGUGCAUCUUUUACUUUGAUUGGAUUCAGUAAAGGUUGUGUUGUUUUGAAUCAGUUGCUCUUUGAAUUGAAAGAAGCCAAAAAAGAUAAGGACAUAGACACUUUUAUCAAGAGCAUAAGGACAAUGUACUGGCUUGAUGGUGGUCAUUCUGGAGGAAGCAAUACGUGGAUUACUUAUCCAGAAGUCUUGAAAGAAUUUGCACAAACAGGGAUUAUUGUACACACCCAUGUAACGCCUUACCAAGUCCGUGAUCCAAUGAGAUCUUGGAUUGGAAAGGAACACAAGAAAUUUGUUCAGAUACUUGGAGAUUUUGGCAUGCAGGUGACUAGCCAAAUUCAUUUUGUAACAGAAGCUCCUUCCAUAGAGAAUCACUUCAGGGUUCAUGAAGUGCUUUGAAGAUGGUAAGAAUAUUAAUUGUAUUUGUUCAGUAGAAGAACAUAAACAUGAGUAUUAUACAUUCAGAGAAGAUAAAUUCAUAGACACUGUCAGUUUGGGUUGGGGGGAAGGAAGCACACAUUCCUAAAAUUUGAUUGUAAGGUGUAGUAGCUUUUCUUGCUUGUGAAUGUGAAGUUUUUAAUUUGUACUGAAUUAAAAUUAGUUCAUUUUAAAUCUAAAAUGUGGUUUGUAAUGCUGUAAGAAAUAAGAGCCUUAAAAAAGUUAUAGUAGUCCUUAGAAAAGAUAAUUGCAAUUGUUGUUAGAAUAGUUGAUUUUUCUGAGUAAUAUGUUAGACUAAUUUUGGUAACAAUAGUAAUUAGCUAUUUUGUCAUUCAAAAUUGAGUGGUAACUAUUUUUCUUCAAACAAAACUAAGCCACACAAUGUUUUCUAUAGUUUUGGAAUAACUGAGCCCUGCCUCUUCUGCCUUGUAAAUUUAUGUAGUCUUUCUUUACUGUGCCAAAAUGUCUUUUUCUUUAGUCAAAAAGUAUCUGUUUCAAAAUGUUCAGGAACAUGCCAUAGUGUAAAUAUGUUUUUCAGAAAUGUUGCAUUUAAGCACUUUGACUUAAUUUUUAAUGGACAAAAUUUUUGAGAUAAGAUAUUUGGAGGUAUCUUGAAUCUUGGCCAAAAAAACCAAUUCUUUUGGAAAAAUAAGUUUUGAGUGUAAUUAUGUCAAUAGGGUAAAAAUAUGCAUCAUCUGAAAGAACUCAUCUUAUAAAACAUGUACCUAAUAACUUACAUAAAAUAUGCAAUACUCUAUUUUAGUUUUCUCUUAAAAAGGAGAGAGAUUUUGUUAAUCUAUCUUACCAAAAGCAUUGUUUUGUCUGCCAAAAGAAAACAACUCUUUAACCAAAGUGCAAAAUUAUAUAAGAAAAAUUAUGAGGGAAAACUUGAGGACACCAAUGAUUUAUUUAAUGCUGGCUCAGAAACUGACUUUACUUAAUAUGCUACAUAAUUUGAGGCUUUCAUCAGCCCAUUUUCCUUGACCAAUACAUUUUGAGAAACCAAGAUCUAAUGUCAGUCAGCUGACACUGAAACAACUUUUUAAAAUGUAUUACUAGCCUUUGCAGUUUAUGAAAUAAUUAAGAAGGGCUGUACUGUGAUUCUAAAAAUAUACUGCAAAUAUUAAUACUUAAGGAAAAGUUUACCAAAACUUAAAAAUAACAUUCUGCUAUAAACUGCAUGUCUUAUUUUUUUUUUUUUAGGGCAAAGUAGUUUUAUAUUGUUUCAGUUUCUUUAAAUUACUAUGUUGAGACCAAAAAUUUUUAUCAAGGACACAAGUCAACCUAAGUCAACCCCUAGCAUUUAUUUCCUUAAAGCACCACAUUUUUUUUUUUCAAUUUAGUUCUUUGUUAAACUUGUAUGUACCUAGUUGAGUUAAAGAUUGUUCUAAAAGACUUAUUUUUAUGGGAUUAAAAUGGAAAAAAGUGGGAUUUUUGGCUAAGAAAAAUCCUACUUUAAGAAAUCUGGGUACUUUAGCUAUCCAGUCAUAUGAAUGUUUAGUAGUAAUUGUUACAUGCUCAGUGGAUGUUAAUAUAGCUCACUGGAUACCUGGAAAUGCCAUUGUAUCAAAAUGAAACAUAUUCAAAUUGAUCCAUAUUCAAGUAUUUUAGUAGUUCAAAUUUGUACUUUCCCAUGUGUUUAAAACAAGUAUAAAUGUAUUUCCAUUUGAAUUGUGCCUUUGUGUUUGUGUAGUCAACUGAAAAAAGUCAUACAAAUGUGAAAAUUGUUACCACCGCAGCAUGAAUGUACAGUUGUAUUAAAAUUAAUCCACAGAAAUCUGUUUGGGUGUGCUUUAUAUUUGAUUUGUUAAAACUUCUGUUCAUUAUUUGAAAGGAAAUUUCUACUUUUCCAAUUAGGGUUUUUAUGUCCUCAUUAACUUUCAUGUUUCUUUAAAUGAACAACUUUGAAACUUUCCUAUAAGAAAUAUAUCCCUUCUUUUACACAAUGCUCCACCAAAAUUUGUAUUUCCAUUUUGUCUGUUGGAUUUCUUAGAAGUCUUUCACAAAGAAGUUCUUCCUUUCUUAUGCUUAUCAUCCUGUAGCUGUCUUUUGAGAUUUUGUCUAAAUAUGGUGUGGUAUUUUUCAUUUUAUUCAUGUAAUAUCUAAGCAUUAAGGGCAAGGAAGGUCUAAGUGCUAAGGAUACAGUACAGAUAAAAGACCUAAUGUGAGUAUGGAAAUAAUGCAAUAGCCUAAGGCUUAAAAGAGCUAUUCUAUAUUAUUUCUUCUAAAAAGAUCUUUAAGGUACACAUUUUAGGGGAUAAUGAUUUGUAAAUAUAGGUUGCUCUUUACAAAUGCAGAGGCCAGCAGCCCUUAGUAGUGACAGGCAGUCAUUUCAGAUGGUCACUUUAGUAUCCCAGUUAAUGCACUUUAAAAAUUAUAAUAGUGUGUUUAAGACACCCAAACCGUCAUGGCCUGUGUGCUGGAAGCAAGUGUUUCAGGUAAUACCAGAGAUGUGUGGGUGACUGUCAAUCCUAUUACAUUAGUUUUUCCUGACUAAAUUUUUUUUAGCACUGGGGAAGGAGUUAGUAGUUCCAAUUCCUGCAAGAUUUACAUUCCAGCUCCUUGCACUUUCUCAGUCAACAUCUUAGAUUUAGCUUCCACAUCUGUUGAUAAAUUUUUAUCCCAAAUGCACAUAGCUGCUACUGAAAAGGAUAUUGCCUUUGUUACUGCCUAUUUUGAUAUUUCAUGGAAAUAUCAGUUAAUUAUUAGAUAGACCUCAAUGUAAGUACAUGCCAAACAAAUAGUAUCUACAGAAAGCUAGCUAAAUCUACAC